CUUCGGCUCGUUACUCUCUCUGUUCAGUUUUUCCCAUCAAUUUAUUUGCGUUUUAUCGUUUCUCUUAGACCUUGAUUUAUAUGAUCCAUUCCGUGAUUCUGGGUCAAACAUUCCAGUUCUUGCUUGGUUAUUGUUGGCUAUGCCUAGAAAUCACGUCAUCGACAAAAAUCUGGAUUAUUGGUGGGCUUAAGACGGGAGAGUUAAAGAUGGAUGGAGAAGAGGAGGGGAAGGAAGGUGAUGAAAGACAAGGAGGAGGUUGUUGAUGAUGAUCCUCGGUGGUGGUUGGUUCACAAGGGAAUUGCGGCCUCCUUCCUGUACAUUUCUAUGUUUGCACUUUUAGUGAGAGUGGCUGUAUCACUCCAUCCUUAUUCUGGCGCAGGAAAUCCUCCCAAGUACGGGGACUUUGAGGCACAGAGGCAUUGGAUGGACAUCACACUUAAUAUGCCUGUCGAGGAGUGGUACCGUAACAGCACAACCAAUGAUCUCAGCUACUGGGGACUUGACUACCCUCCCCUUACCGCCUACCAGAGUUAUGUUCAUGGUCUAUUUAUCAGAUUAUUUCAUCCUGAAGCAGUUUCUCUCUUCACUUCUCGAGGCCAUGAAUCUUAUCUUGGAAAACUUCUCAUGAGGUGGACAGUUCUAUCCUCUGAUGCACUGGUGUUCUUUCCUGCUGUCUUCUAUUUUGUUUUUGUAUACUAUAGUGGUCGCCCACAUGGCCAGAAAACUGACAUAGCAUGGCACAUUGCAAUUAUGUUACUGAGCCCAUGUCUGAUCCUAAUAGAUCAUGGUCAUUUUCAGUAUAAUUGUAUUAGCUUGGGCCUUACUGUUGGAGCUGUUGCUGCUGUUCACUCUAACAAAGAGCUAGUAGCUUAUUUCUUGUUCGGUCUUGCUCUCAACCAUAAACAGGUUCUCCGUCGGCUUGCUCCUUUUGAGAGGGGCAUAUACGAGGAUUAUGUGGCUAAUUUUUGGUACACCACUUCAGUUUUUAUAAAGUGGAAGAGAAUGUUCACAACACAAUCGCUGAAGCUUCUCAGCCUCGGUGCUACUGUUUCUACUUGUUUGCCUUCAAUGCUUCAGCUGAACAGUGCAUUCUCAUUCUAUAUGUUCUCAUUCCAAGUGCAUGAGAAGUCAAUUUUGCUGCCUCUUCUGCCUGCAAGCCUUUUGGCACUGGAAGAGCCUUUUCUUCUUAAAUGGAUUACGCUCCACGCCUUGUUCUCUAUGUUCCCUCUUCUACGUCGCGACGGAUUGAUUCUGCCAUACAUCGCACUAUCUAUUCUCUUCACCCUUAUUUACCACGCGCCAAGUGGGAGACGACAAGAUAGGAAGGAGACACCUUCCUUCAAUUCGUUUGUGACAACUAUAAUUGUGCUGUGCUCAGUUGUUCUUCAUAUUGUUUACUUAACCAUGCAACCUCCACGCAGAUAUCCUUUCCUUUUUGAAGCUGUGAUUAUGCUUCUUUGCUUCUCGCAGUUCAUGGUGCUUUGUUUUUACACUAACGCAAAGCAAUGGAUGUUGAAACGCUCCGUUUUUAUGGAUAAAGAAAAGAAGCUUCUUUGACCUUUCUUUCAAAUCA